AUGAUCAUCCCCGUGCGCUGCUUCACGUGCGGCAAGGUGAUCGGGAACAAGUGGGACACCUACCUGGACCUCCUUCAGGCGGACUACACCGAGCGAGACGCGCUGGACGCGCUGGAUCUGCACAGGUACUGCUGCCGUCGCAUGCUCAUGUGCCACGUCGACCUCAUCGAGAAGCUCCUCAACUACAACACCCUGGAGCGCCAGGACUGA